AUGACCGACUUUCGCCGUACCCAUAACACCUUUGGGGAUGCAUUUCCGACCGCCGAUCAGCUACAUGGAGGAUUUAACUUUGACAACUGCCGUCGCAAUGAGCUUCUUUUGAGUCAGUCUGGUGGCAAGCAGAAGCUGAAAGCUACAAAAACCGGCACAACCAUUGUUGGCGUCGUUUACAAGAAUGGAGUGGUCUUGGGUGCCGACACACGCUCGACUGGCGGCUCGAUUGUCAUGGACAAAAACUGUGAAAAGAUCCACUAUAUUGCACCCAAUAUAUACUGCUGCGGUGCUGGAACGGCCGCCGACACAGAAAAUACGACGGCGCUAAUCUCGUCGCAGCUCGAGCUACACCGUUUGAAUACGGAUACACAGUCGCGCGUUGUUACAGCCAUGACGUUGCUUAAAAAAAUGCUUUUUCAGUAUCAAGGACACAUUUCGGCGGCGCUUGUUCUUGGAGGCGUCGACGUAACGGGCCCACAUCUUUACACUAUCUACCCCCACGGAAGUACGGACAAGCUUCCUUUCGUAACAAUGGGAUCAGGAAGUCUGGCCGCUAUGUCGGUCUUUGAGCACGGUUAUAAGGAUGAUAUGACGGAGGACGAAGCCAAGAGUCUUGUGCAAGAAGCUAUUUUGGCGGGUAUUUUCAACGAUCUAGGUUCGGGCAGUAACGUCGACGUGACAACUAUAAAAAAAGUAAGCGGCAAGGUAGAAGUGGUCAAGGAGAUCAACUGCAUUAAACCUAACGAAGUGUCAGAGCUGCGUUCUCAAAUCAACCGAGACAUUGUUACGCACAUUCCCCGCGGUGCUACACUUGUCCUUAGCUCCAAGACAGAGCCUUUUCCUGCCGACAUUGUUGUUGAGGAGGCUACGCCUAUGGAGUUGUAG